AUGAAGAAACCAUUCACUCAUAUUGUCACGCAAAAGGAAGGUACUGCUUUGGGAGUCUUAACUUCAACCCGCGACAGAAAUACGCAUUGGAAACUAUUGUAUUUUGUAUCUACUUUCUUGCAGCCAAACAGAGCCAGUUCUGGUAAAAAUGAUGAGGAGAAAGGGAGUAAAGGAAACGGCAAAAGUGAAUCAGUUUCUGAAAGCGGAAAGACAGCUGUAGUGUUUUCCUUGAAAAAUGAAGUUGGUGGAUUGGUGAAAGCUCUCAGACUCUUCCAGGAGAAGCAUGUGAGUAUGGUUCACAUUGAAUCAAGAAAAUCCAAGAGGAGGAAUUCAGAGGUAGAAAUUUUUGUGGACUGUGACUGCAGUAAGAAAGAAUUUAAUGAACUAAUUCAGUCACUAAAGUUUCAGACUAACAUCGUAACUCUUAAUCCACCAGAAAACAUCUGGACUGAUGAAGACGAGCUUGAUUGUGUCCCUUGGUUCCCCAGGAAGAUUGCUGAAUUAGACAAAUGUUCACAGAGAGUUCUAAUGUAUGGCUCUGAGCUGGAUGCAGAUCACCCAGGAUUUAAGGACAAUGUAUAUCGGCAAAGAAGAAAGUAUUUUGUGGAUGUUGCCAUGAGUUAUAAAUAUGGUCAACCCAUUCCCAGGGUGGAGUACACAGCCGAAGAAAUUAAAACUUGGGGGGCAGUAUUCAGGGAACUCACUAAACUCUAUCCCACUCAUGCUUGUCGUGAAUAUUUAAAAAACUUCCCUUUGCUGACCAAGUACUGUGGAUAUAGAGAGGAUAAUGUACCCCAACUGGAAGAUGUUUCUAUUUUUCUUAAAGAAAGAUCUGGCUUCACGGUUAGACCAGUUGCUGGAUAUCUGUCUCCUCGAGAUUUUUUAGCAGGAUUAGCCUAUAGAGUUUUUCACUGCACUCAAUAUGUACGGCAUGGCUCUGACCCUCUCUACACACCAGAACCAGAUACGUGCCAUGAACUCCUGGGGCAUGUGCCUCUACUUGCUGAUCCCAAGUUUGCCCAGUUUUCACAAGAAAUAGGACUGGCCUCACUGGGAGCAUCUGAUGAAGAAGUUCAGAAACUAGCUACUUGCUAUUUUUUUACUAUCGAAUUUGGCCUUUGCAAGCAAGAGGGACAGCUACGUGCUUAUGGGGCAGGACUCCUGUCUUCUAUUGGCGAAUUAAAGCAUGCUUUGUCUGACAAGGCCAGUGUGAGAACAUUUGAUCCAAAGACUACUUGCUUGCAAGAAUGCCUUAUCACCACUUUUCAGGAAGCUUACUUUGUCUCGGAAAGUUUUGAAGAAGCCAAAGAAAAAAUGAGGGACUUUGCAAAAUCAAUCAAUCGCCCCUUUUCAGUGUAUUUCAACCCAUACACACAAAGCAUUGAAAUUCUGAAAGACACCAGAAGUAUUGAAAACGUUGUCCAGGACCUUCGGAGUGAUCUGAAUACGGUGUGUGAUGCUUUAAGCAAAAUGAACAGAUAUUUGGGUAUUUGAUGUCUGUGGCACUGCAGCUUUGCUGUCCACUGCUGCUUCUAUGGCUAUGCUAGCACCAUCAUGUGCUCCAGUUUCAGAGCCAUCCAUCUUCCCUCCGCAGCUUGGUCAGUGACUUGCAUCAUUGUGUAGCUCUAAUUGUAA